CUCGUAAAGGUGGCUACUAACUGCUAAGAGCUCUCUCAAUAAGCGAGAGUGAUAGCUGGCGCGAGGGAGGGCGGUGAGGACGGAUGUUUCAUUACCACGUCGGUUUGAAAUUCAAAUUUUCAACGCGGUCACGUGGUCAGAUCAUCUUGUCGUCACCGGUGAUCUCAUGGAAAGCUUGAAGGUCUGGAAUUCGACUUGCCGCGUCGGCGGGAACAUAAAAGGCCAAGAGAUGUGACGCCUCCUUUCUCUUGUCCCUUCUGCUAUGUCGUCUAUCGGACAAUCAGUUGAAAAAGCCUUCACUACUGCUAUGACCUCCACAACUAAAGUGGGAGACCUACAACGAGACAUACAGGAACCGCGAGCCAACCAGCCUCUGACAACAGAUCAUGGCGUCAAGGUGGCUGACACGGACAAUUGGCUCAAGAUCACAGAUGGCCGUCACAACGGUCCUAUGCUCCUUGAGGAUCAAAUUGGACGAGAGAAGAUACACCGCUUUGACCAUGAGCGCAUCCCAGAGCGUGUAGUGCAUGCCCGCGGUGCCGGUGCUCAUGGCUAUUUCAAAGUAUUUAACGAUCGCGCUUCGAAAUACACAUUCGCCCCUGUCCUGACGGAUUCCUCGAGGACGACUCCUGUCUUCCUCCGUUUCAGCACUGUACAGGGUUCGCGUGGCAGCGCUGACACUGUCCGCGAUGCCAGAGGGUUUGCGGUCAAGUUCUAUACUGAAGAAGGCAACUGGGACAUCGUCGGAAAUGACAUUCCCGUUUUCUUCAUUCAAGACGCCAUCAAAUUCCCUGACUUUGUUCAUGCUGUGAAGCCAGAGCCUCAUGAUGAAGUGCCUCAAGGCCAGAGCGCACAUAACAACUUUUGGGACUUCGUGGGUCUGCAGCCGGAGUCGGCACAUAUGGUGAUGUGGGUCAUGUCUGAUCGCGGUGUUCCACGAUCCUUCCGCAUGAUGCAAGGAUUCGGGGUGAACACCUUCACACUGCUGAAUUCCUCAGGUGAACGCCACUUUGUCAAGUUUCACUUCAUCCCGGAGCUGGGGGUACAUAGCCUUGUAUGGGAUGAAGCCCUCAAGAUCAACGGCCAAGAUCCCGAUUUCCAUCGCAAGGACUUGAACGAGGCCAUCGAGAGCGGUGCAUACCCAAAGUGGAAGUUCGCCAUCCAGACAAUCCCUGAAUCACAAGAGCACAACUUCGACUUUGACAUCUUGGACGCUACCAAGAUAUGGCCGCAGGAACUUGUACCUCUCGAGGAGAUUGGCGAACUAGUUCUCAAUCGCGUUGUCGACGAGUUUUUCACAGAAACAGAACAAGUCGCAUUUUGCACUAGUCACGUCGUUCCAGGAAUAGGAUUCAGCGACGAUCCUCUUCUGCAAGGUCGGAACUUCUCGUACUUUGAUACCCAGAUCUCUCGUUUGGGCAUCAACUGGGAGGAGCUUCCCAUUAAUAGACCUGUAUGUCCUGUGCUCAACCACAAUCGCGAUGGGAAGAGUAGGCAUCGUAUUGUUAAGAGCGAAGUCAACUACUGGCCGAACCGCAAGAAUAUCGGGCGUCCCGUUCCUGCGGAAGAAGGUGGAUAUAUCGAAUAUGCACAGCAUCUCGAAGGUAUCAAGAAAAGGGCGCGUGGGGAGAAGUUUCAGGAGCACUUCAACCAUGCUCAACUUUUCUACAACUCGCUUGCCACGCAUGAAAAGGCCCAUCUCGUCAGUGCCAUCAGCUUCGAACUUAGUCAUUGCGAGGACCCGGUCGUUUACAAGUCCUAUAUCGACGUUCUGAACAACAUUGACUUCGACCUGGCAAAGGCCGUCGCCGUUAAGGUGAAUGGUGAGGUGCCGACCAAGCCCGGUCGUGCCAAUCAUGGGAAGAAGAGCAAGGGCCUUUCGCAACUCGACUUCUUGCCAAAGGAGCCUACCAUCGUCUCAAGGCGCAUCGCCAUCUUGAUCACGGACGGGUUCAACGCUGUUGAGAUGCAAGCUGUGCGGGCUGCCCUGACGAGCGCAAAGGCCAUUUGCUACGUUAUCGGCCCUCGUCGGAACCACAUUCGUCCAAUGUCAGGUCAGGAUUUCGGUCCGGGAGUGUUCGCCGAUCACUACUUUGACGGCCAGCGUUCGACGCUCUUUGAUGCUAUCUAUAUCCCUUCCGGUGAAGAGCAUAUAAAGACACUUGCCAAGAAUGGUCGCGUGGUUCACUGGGUAAGGGAGGCAUUUGGUCACUGCAAGGCUAUCGCUGCCGUUGGUGAAGGUGUUAAUUUCCUCCGUGACGUUGUUAGACUGCCUGGUGUCGACCUCUUCGCCCCUUCGCGCGAUCAUGGCAAUGAUGAAGUUGUCGCAUCUUACGGCGUCGUAACUACUGGGAAGUAUAGCAUCUCCUCCGCUGUCACAGACGCGCUCAGGAUUGCACCUGACACGAGAGGCUUUGCUUCUAACUUCGCGUUCCAAAUUAGUCAGCACAGAUGCUAUGAGCGAGAACUGGACGGAUUGACGGAGCAGGUUGCGUUCUGAGAGUCACGGGUUAUCGACGGAUUUCUUAUCGAUAGGUUGGUUGGGGGUGAUUGUACGAUUGUAUCAUGUGUGUAUCACGUGCACGAAAGAAUUGGUCAAUAUAACUUAUUGUAGCUUUCGC